UCUACCGGCUCUGUUCGAGCAGGCUCGUUUCUCGACCGCGUGAUACCGAACGACGAUAAACGGUGUCCCAAAAAUCGGAACGGCGGUAAAUGACGAUAUCAAUUUCGGCGGUGACAUCCAUUUGUGCCAUCCCGCGACGUCGGAUCGCUGUUCCAAUUUUUGUCGCCGAUUUCUGGAGGCGUGGCGUUUCUGAGAACGCGAUAUGGAUAAACGCCGGCUUUUCUUCCUCCCCCUUUCACUUGCUGUCCGCACACAUACAUAUGUAGACGACGCAAGCGCGCGUCCACGCAGGACACACAUACACACACGCUUCGCACACACAUACAACGAAACGUUCUCCUUGCACGCCGACGACGAGGAGUCUUCGAGCCAGGCGUUCAUUCAUAUCGUGUAAAAGUCCGGACUGUUCGCGAUGUAGCGAGUUUUAGAUAUGACAUUUAAGUGACGAGUGGAGUGUGUGUUAUUUUGGAAUUGAUACGACCGCGGGGGAUAACGGUAUCGCGGACGAUCGACUAUCAUUACCGCUCUUGUUGCCACAGCUGGUUCGGUCUAGCCCGUUGGCGCGACGAGUUUAGCGCCAACGUGGUCGCGUUUAUAUUGCAAAAUAUGCAAUAUUGAUGCGUACUUUGACCAUCCCUACGCGCGUGUCUGGUGGCAAAGUGCGUCCGACGUCGAGUGUCGGUUAAGUUCAAGUCGCACACGUGUAUUCUCUCGCGUCACGCUUCCUUCCCACGUUGUACAUAACCUAAAACGAGCACGCGUGAUCCGAGCCGCUCGAAACUUAUCCGAAUCCGUUCGACCGUUUGCAAACUAUAUAUCAUUAACGAGCGUUUCUCUUGGUGUGUCAUUUGUAUCACAGAUAUAUCGCAAAGUGACGAGUUCCAAUUUCAACAUUGUGCCAUGGAAGCAGAAUUCUUGAAAUUAUACGAGGAGGAUUUCUUUUCCGGUUUAUCCUCGACGACAAACGACCACGAGGAUUCAAUGGAAAUGCCUCAAGAUUCAUUAUUGAAUAUUAUUGAAAAUGAUUAUGAUGUGGACACAUCUCAGCCCAUUACUUUCAACUCCAUCUGGAACGACAAUGAACGGAAUGCAGAUACAGAUGCAUCAUUUGCCACAAAAGUUGCAGCUUCACAGGAGGGUGAGAAUUUUUCAAAGCUUUUCACGGAGUGGCAGAAUUAUGCACAGACGAUGGAGUUAGAAGAUUUUAAUGAUAUUAUAAACAUGAAUUUAUUUGAUACAAAACAUACAUUAUGGAAUAACAUGCAUGAAGAAGAGACUGCAAAUUUCUUGCAAGAAGAGAUAAAUCUAGGGCCUGAAGUAAAUUUAAAAGAAGACGAACAAAGAACAGCCAAUUUUGAGGAAGAAAAUACCCAUAAAAUGAUAGAUGAUACAAUGGAAAUUAAUAUAAAGACUGAAACUACAAAAGAAACAAAGGAAGAUAAAGUUAAUGAUUUAAGCAUUUUACCUGAAUUAUUUCAAGAAGCAAAUGAGUUUAAAAAAAAAGGUGCAAAUGCUACAAAGAAAAAUCGAAACUUAAAAGGAAAAAGAAAAAAGGAAAAAAGUGUAAUUACAAAAGAUAAACAAGAGGAGCAAGAGGAUUGUAUAGAUGUUGAAACUAUAUCAGAUGAAAUACCAGUAUUGGAAGCUGUUGAUAUAAAGAGUUUGUUAGAACAAUUUGAAGCUUCUGAAAAUCCAAAUCCAUGUAAUAAGUUGGCCACCAAAAAUAAUUUCCUAUCUGGCACGAGGUCGAACACGGUGCAACAGAUGACUCAGAAAUAUCGAAGUCAACUGUUAAAAGCUGUAGAAAAGCCUUCUUCACAAGUUUAUAAUAAACAUAAGAAUACGCCAGAUUCAGUGUCAAAAGAAGUAAUCGAUAGGAUAAAGGCCUCAGGACGUAAAAAAGCUAUUUCGAUAAUACCUGCUAUGCCAAAUAUGCAGAAUAAAAAUCGUAGUAAUAAUAAUACACGAAUGCAAGAUGUUGGAGCCACAUUUUCCAAUAAUAAAGUUGUAAAACAAGUAACAAACAAAGCUAAGAAUAGAACGACAGAUGGUACUUUAGUACAAUUGGAUCAUGAUUAUUGUUAUAAUGUUGGUUCUGCUACUAAGAGCUGUGAUAGCAAUAAAUUUACGAAACAUACAUCUGUAUUAAGAUCAAACCAGAAUAAAAAAAUAAUAAAAUGUAGUGGCAAAAUUGCAGAAUGUCGUAAUGAUAGCAAUUUAAAGAAAGACAACAAUCUGGAAUUGGCUGAUAUAUGUGAUACAAAAAAACUAGCUGGUUUUACUUUAAUGGAUAAAGAAACGGAUAAAAUUAAUGAAAAUAGACUUAAAAGUGAUUACAAGGAUUGUCAAAAGAAGAUUUGUUUAAAAACUCAUGCCUUAAACGAUUCAUUGACUAUUAAAUUACCUAAGAGUGUGAAAGUUCCAAGCAAAUCUUCUGAUAAAGAUUCUCCUGUAUAUUUAAUUCGCUCAGCUUUGGCUCAAAACAUUUUACGAUUGAGAAAUGAUUUGUCUAAGAAUACUUCGCAAAUAAGUUCUACAAUGCAGAUGGUUUCUGUAUUGAAAAAACCACCAAACGCAUCACAAACACUGUUCUUAAAGAGUAACUCUGAUGAAGAUAUAGUGACUACUACGAACAAUUUAAAUAAUGAGGUGCAGAACAUAAUUGUACAAGAUACUCAAAAUUCAGCUUCAGACGAACAAGCGAAAAAACCGCCAUUUCGUAAAAAAUUGAAUUUGGCAGAGUAUCGAAAUAGAAGGGAUCAAAAUCGUAGUGACAAUAGUAGAACAAAUUCUCCAGUACAGCCAAUGAUAUUGUUGUAUGUUCAUCAUGCUUCCACUACGACAGAACCAAUAAAAAAUGAUUCUGAGAACCCAAUUUGGUCCGAGAGGGAAAUUGUUUCAAUGCUGAAACCCAAGUCAGAUAUAGAUGAAGAGAAAAACAAAUCAAAACCACUUAUGUGCGAUAUAGGAAUACAGACAUAUGAAACGGUAUUUGAAUUUUCUAAAAAAUCGUUGAUGGAUACCAUAGAGAGAAAUGAUAAAAGGGAGCAAAAUAUAAAGGACAUAAAACAAAGAUGCUACAAAAAGGAUAGACUCUAUAGAAACUCAAGUCGAUCUAGAUCGAAAAGUAAAAGCAAAAAGAUAAGCAAAAGCAGGAGUAGAAGCAGAAGUAGGAGGAGAAGCAGAAGCAGAAGUACGAGUAGAAGCAGAAGUAGAAGCAGGAAUAGAAGCAGCAACAGAAAUAGAAACAGGAGUAGAAGCGAAAGCCGGAAUAGAAGCAGGAGUAGAAGCAGAAGUACGAGUAGAAAUAGAAAUAGGAGCCGAAGCAAGAGCAGAAGUAGAAAUAGGAGUCGUAGUAGAAGCAAAAGUAUGAAAAAUGACAGCAGAAGCAGAAGCAGGAGUAGAUCUCGCAGAUGCAGCCGCCGACGAAGAAUCCGAUCCCGUCGACGCAGUUCUGUUAGCUCGACCAGCAGUUGGUCGUCUCAGUCACGCUCAUAUACGACAUCCACUAGAUCAAGAUACUCUCGUUCGCGUUCCAGAUCAUCACGAUCCAGAUCCAGAUCUUUCUCGCGAUAUUCUAGCUGUUCAAGAUCGCCUGUACGUUCUUACUGUAAAUCCUACAAUUGGUACAACAGAGAAAAGCAGAGGCAAGUGGAAGAACGAAGAGUAAUAUAUGUAGGACGUCUAGAUGAAAAUGUUACCAAAGCUGAUUUGCGCAGGAGAUUUGAGAUUUAUGGGCCUGUUGUUGAUAUCAGUGUACAUUUCCGUGAGCAUGGCGAUAAUUACGGUUUUGUCACUUUUGCAUCCAAAAACGAUGCAUAUACGGCUAUGGAGCACGGUAAUGAUGAUCCAUCUCUACCUACAUAUGAUUUAAGCUUUGGUGGCCGAAGAGCAUUUUGCAAAUACAAAUAUUCAGAUCUUGAUGAUACAGCGAGUAGCUCACCCAUUAGCAAAUCGUCUCAGGCAGUUGAAGAAGAUACUUUCGAUUUUCUUUUGGAAGAAGCAAAAGCUAAAUUGCGCAAAAGAAAGCAUACCUUUGUGAAAACAGUAUAGAAGUUGGGAUUGCAU